CCGGCCCCCCGCGACUGCCUCGACCCGAGCUUCAGUCUCUCGUCGACCCGCUCUCGGAGCGAAUGCUUUUAACGUUACGCAUCUCAGAUACCCGAAGUCCGCGAAGCGAGUGUGAAAUUGUUGAGUGUUUUAUGUGUACCAUGGUGACGGUGUUUUUUGUAUCAAGCAAGAAAAAUCUGUGACAAUUUACAAGAGGCACGAGGAAGACCGAUCUCUCGCACACCGAUCAACACCCGGCGGCGAGAUGUCGGUGAUGCAAAAGCGUCAGCACUGCUACCUGUGCGACUUGCCCCGCAUGCCGUGGGCGAUGUUGCAUGAAUUUUCCGAGGCGGUGUGUCGCGGAUGCGUUAAUUACGAAGGUGCAGACCGCAUCGAAGUGGUUCUCGAUACAGCUAGGCAGCUAAAGCGCGCACAUGGAUUCCAGGAGGGCCGUGGGCCUACGCAUGCUAAAGGAGCUCACCGAGCACCGUUAGAAGCGCAUCAAAAUGGAGCGGAAACCACUGCAAGAGGCCAACCAGCUCCACCCGCACAUCACGCACCUACUACUGGAUUUACUUUACACCAUCCACGACCGACGGCAAGUGCUGGGCUGCUGGCAGAAUACGGAGGCCGACGUGAGGAGCACGAAGGCAGACGGCUGGCGCACCUGCCGACACAUCACCUGCCGCACGGCGCUGCGCCGCGGCUCGCGCCCGGCCUGGCGCUGAAGCGACAGCUGGAUGAGGAUGACCACCAGAACCACCACGAGCCCGCUAAGAGGCUUCUAGAGGAACAUGCUCGGCCGCCGCUAACUCGUGGAGAUUCCCUGCCAGCGGUCUCAUUAGCAGCUCCUUUUGCUCCAGACCGCGUGUUCAAGCAGGAGAAGCACCCUCUGCGUACUCCGUCUUUUGAUGCUUCUUCAUUCAAAUCUAAUGGCUAUGGUAACGCGACACCGCUAACAAAUGGCUCAGCUGGAUCUCCGUUGGGACGCACAGCUGGCUCACCCCCAGUGACCGGAGUCGCCGGGGCUGGCCCAUCACCGAUGGCUGCCCUUAUGUCUGUGGCUGACACACUGCCCCCAGGCUCGCCGCGGUCUGCUGGUGGCUCUCCACCGCAGCCUCCGCCACAGAGGUCUGCUAGCCGUUCCAGUCAACACUCGCCCAAUUCUUCAGGGUCGAACGGCGGGCGGCGGUCGUCGGGCUCCCGGCACGUGUCGUCGACGACAUCGGUGUCGUCGACGGAGGCGGGAGAGGGCACGGAGGCGGCGGCGCCUACACCCGCGCCGCUGCUUAAGUGCACGCUCUGCCAGGAGCGCCUCGAGGACACGCACUUCGUGCAGUGCCCCAGUCAGGCUCACCACAAGUUCUGCUUCCCCUGCUCCCGGGACUCUAUCAAGCGACAGCAAGGAUCAGAGGUAUACUGUCCAAGUGGGGAUAAAUGCCCAUUGGCUAAUUCGACAGUACCAUGGGCAUUUAUGCAGGGUGAAAUAGCUACGAUCCUCGGCGAGGAGUUCAAGCCGAAGAAGGAACGGGAGACCUAGGGCAGCGCUCCGCAGCCCCGACUUUACCUCUUGUCCCUCUCGUUGUGAACCGUGCACGGGAGGAGUAGCGACUGUGCCGCGGCACGUGGCCGCAAGCGUCGCAGUGGCGCGCGGCUCCGCGGCGGGGCGAGGCCGGGCCUCGUCCGUACAAACCGAUCACUUGUAUAUAACUCUGUAAAUAGUUUACUUGUAUGUUUAGUUCGCUCACCGAUAGCCAUCGACGAUGCGGACUUGUAGUGCGCGGCUGACGAGCGCUGUGCUGGGCGUAUCGCAUCUUUCAUUUUAUUAUUUAUUUACGAGCUCGUGCAGUCGCCUAGUGUCGACGACGAGCGCGGUGCGAUAUGCCGAGUGUAGCGCAUGCCCUUUUGACGAAUUUUUGAUUAUACUGUUGUGUUGAAAUCAACACGAUUCAUGCAAAAAAAUUUGAUGAUCUGAAGUCCUCCUCGUAGGGAGUUGUCGUUACAUUUCGAGGAUGGGACGCUGCUUUGCAAGCAGAUAUUUCUUCGGAUGCCAUUUCUUAGUUACCUUUAGGUCCUGAACCAUAGUGAACAUGGCAUUUAUUUAUGUGAUUCUUAUAUACUAUACAAGUAUUAUACGAUAUAAUAAUCAUGACAUAUUUUAUGUAGUCCAGAGUACUGAUUGUAAAAUGGUAGUUAUUAAAUAACGGAAGCGUAUCGCUCCCUGUACAGAACGUAGAUUGAUGUAUAUUUGUAUUUAUCUCAUACAGCGCAUGCAAAAUAGUCUUAUUUUACUAUGAAGCGAUUUAUUCAGAGUGGCUCGAGUUCCGUUACUGUCUCGCAUUUGGCGACAAAAUUCCGCUUAUGAGAUUUUUGUUGAACUUAUUUUUAGCAGCAUCGUUAAUUGAGAAUAAAUAAUCGAAAUUGUAUUGGACGACGCUGAGCUCGCGGGAGCCGCGUCUUUUGAGUUGAUUAUUUUGUAAGGCUAAGUUAUACUUGACUCGGGAGAUGGUUGCUGGCGCGGCUGCUGGCGCGGCGCCGGCGCGGGUCGGCGGUGCGCGAGCCGCGGUGCUAGCGAGAUCGCUUUGCAUACGUGAUUACGUGAAGGGGCGUACCUAGUCAUUUUGUGAAAAGUCGAAUUGUCAGAACCGCGAACACGCGGCCGUUAUAGGAACUCUUAAAACUCGCUGCUAUUUGUAUAAAAUGAAGUAAUCAUUAUAUUAUUAUCAUUAUAUGUAUGUCAUAAUGUUAAACGAUUCGUAGUGUACGUCAGUUUCGAAAGCUAUCAGACGACGACCGAUUAGCUUCUAUAUAUUUUUGUGUUUCUGACCAGAUCUAUGAUGUACGAUUUGAUCGAAUCUCGAGUCUUUCAUUCUUCUUAUUGGUAACCUAGAUGGUGAAGUGAUAAAGUAAUCCUUUGAAGCUGAAUCACUCUCGAGGUUUUGAUCAUUGUUGACUUUAAUUAAAAUAUGUGCUUGACGAAACUUAAUCGUAGCUACUUCAAUAUCAUUAAAUUCUAUAGCUUUUAUAUCUUAAAACCUAGACGAUGCAGUGUCUUUAAAUAUUAAAAGUUAGAGCAUACAAUGAAAUUGAUAUGUCGAUUAUUUAUUUUAGAUAUUAUUUGUGUACAUAUACGUAUGUUGUACAUACUUUGUCUACGUGUAAAUAUUUUAGGUAGAAUUGGUAACAGCCAAUCUGAUCAGGGCUAUUAGAUCCAGUAUUAAUAGGACAUUGAGCCAUGUUGUUUAUUAUAUUACUAUUCUUAUUUGAAAAUAUUAUUACUUUAUUACUCGUUGUUUUACUUGAAAUUAGAUAUUGAUUGUGCUUAACAAGGAACUCCUAUACCUAUACAUAUAACAUUUUCAUAAUACAUAAUAGUUUUUGUAUAAUUACAAGUUACGCUCUAUUUCUUCUCUAUGAAUGUAUUUCAACUGGUAUCAUAGAACAGUAAAUGAUGUUCAUCAAGUGAAUACAAUUUAGUCGUGAUAAGUAUCGUGUCACUGAGCUUUCUAUCCAACGUCGCGAUUCUGAUAGAUUCGAAAUUGAUAUUAGUAUUAUCAGUGGAAACACCCGCGGAACGGGUUUGUCAAAUAUUCAUUAAUUGUCGCCGAAUUUGGCAAAGGUGAAACAUUGUAUGUAAGCACAAAUUGUGCGUUUUACUUUUUUAUGGAUUUGUUGUGUUACAUGCACGUUAAUACUGUCGUCGACAAGUUUACUGAAUGUUCAAGUUUGUUUCUGAAGGCGUUUGAGAAAAAUAUUACACAAUUGUGUUUAGGAUUGCACUUCCUUUGUUCUUUUUGUAGAUAUAAUGGUUUACUUGAUCUUCGAGGUUUAUGUUUUUUGGCAAAUGUUGCAGUGCAAUAAAUCAUCGGGAGUUCUUAAGGGUAUUAUUGUUGGUCCACUUUAGUGGGGAGCGCAAUGCGGCGUUAACGUACAUGUAACAUAUCGAACUAUUACUGUCCGCCUUUACCCAUAGGCUUGUUCGUAGACGUCGACACUGAAUCGACACAAAAUAUAAUUUUGAGACUUGUCUCUUUCUUACUCUAAGCAGCAAGUGAAAUGCUUUGAUUAAGACGUUAAUGUAAAUGUUGGUGAAAUACAAUCGAUGUGAUUUUGUAUA